UCACAGUUAGAGUUGGUCUUAUUAUCACCUGCAGGGAACACAUAAAAACCGUUCGAUUCCUGAAAAUAGAAGGCACGAAAAACAGCGAGAUGACCGAUCAUACGGACGAUUUAGUUAUUAAUGACAAAGACGUUCUUCGAUUAUGGUCCUACAAUAGUGUAUCGGGAGGACGAUUUAUGAACAUGACAAAUGAGGAUGCCCCAGAAGAUGGUGGAUACAUUGUGGCAGCAAAUCUUGAACAGCUGCCUUCAACAAAUAUCAAGUUCCAUGAAGUAAAUCGUUUUCAGAAACUCUUUGUAAUGCAGUUCGAAAAAGAAGAUUCUUUGUACAGUGUAAACGCUUCAGAAAGCAGUGUGACGGCCGCAAAGAUUCCUGAUAAAGAUGCGGCACACUUUAAAUACUACGAAUUAAAUCCACCAAAUAUGCCGUAUGUUGUAUUUCCAUGCGAAAACAGAAAGAUUGACAAUCAAGAUGCGUAUUUGAGUUGCGAUGGAGCUGGAAACAUGUCACUUAAACGUUGGAACUUAGCCGGAAAUCGGAGACUUCCUCCUAGGGCGGGUGCAAUGGUCGAUCCAAGCCUACUAUUCCGCGUGGUCAAGCCAUUGAAUAACGAAUAAGUUUUCAAUAUGGUGGACUGCCUCAUAACAUAAUUUUGAUAUAUCGUUUACUAAUUAUGACGUUUAAUAUACUAUAUUUUAACUUCCAUUAUUUUUAUUAUGCCAAUUGCUUUUCAUGGUUACAAAAUGAAUAUUGUUUUCUAUUUUACUCAUAGCUAAUCUUAUGUAUCCAAUUUAAAAUUCCUUACUUUUAAUUGUUACAUGAAUAUAAUGAUAAUGAUUCUUCA